AUGCAGGACCUUCAGCAGCUCGGGGUCUCGAUUUUCAACAGGAGCCCCGGUCACGGGAUUGCCUUUCUCGUUGCGAUCGGCAUCGUGCGUGAUUUUCCUGUGGAGAUCAACAACUUUCUGGUGAGGUUAAAUGCUGACCGGGAGAAGAUAGGCGAUUAUCUGAGCGAGGAAUAUCCGACCGCUCAGACCUUGCGCUUGGAGUUCCUGAACUCUCUGCCGCUCUUGGGGACUGGAGUUCUGUCAGCGCUACAGACAGUCUCGCAUGACCUGACGCUUCCGCGUGACUGGAUGAAGGUGGAUCGGCUUCUGCGGGGUGUUGCGCACUUCUGGUGGAAGCAGCACGAGGAGGAGAUCAAUGAGCGCCGGAACGAAGGCGGUGCCAGCUCUUUCCGCGAUGCGCCAGACGACUCAGGCGAACUGAUUGGUCUGGACCUUCAGCGUGCAUUGCUUGGGACAGAGGGCUUUCACAGGCUCCUGUUCUCAACGCUGAUGCUGUACAGGUGGCUGAGAGAUGGCCACGAGAUGCCACUCAACACCUGGGUGCAACUGAAUGCCGGCAUCGAGGGUGCCGGGAAUGAUUUUCCUUUCCAUGUCCAGAUGGCCAUCCACAAGGCAAUCAGCUCUGGUGAGCUGAAGCUCCAAGUCGACCGGACGCUUUCCCCGGUGAAGCCUCCCACUCCAUCCCUGCGGGGUCGUGCCUUCGUGCGCUACAACGGCCGGCCCCAGACUGACGGCGAUCUGGCUCACUGGCCACAGGCGUCACCACACGUUCUUGCUGCGGAAGGAGGUGUCCUCGCGGCUGGAAGGAUGUCUCCGCAGCCGGCGUUGUGUCUGCAAGGCUCUCGAGCAAGGAUGUCAUUGACAGCAUUUGCACAGCCUUUCGAUGCUGGUGGGUCAGGAACCACCGACGAAGAGGUGACAUGGUUGCGUUUGCAUCAGUGGCUGCUCCUGCUGGCCUCCAGUGACGAUGCCGCCCCUUUCGCCUUUGUGUCACUAAAGAAAGUAGCACUUCUUCGGGCUGAUGCCCGCGUGCUGCAGAUCACGCUGGCCCGCAGAGUUGAAGGGGACUGGCCGUCGGUCACAGUGGACGACGAUUGGCUGGAGCUGUGCCUCCUGCUGGGCGACGGACGGUUUCAGGUCUUGGAGGCUCCAGAGCUGAUGAUGAGGUUUGAGGAUGAAGCGGACUUCCAGAACUGGGCCGGAUACUUGCGGGAACUGUGCUGUGAAGACCCGGACCGGCGUCGGGCUGCACUCAAGGUCCCACCAGUGAUUGUGGCUGGCCUGAUCGACACUCUGAUCCAAGUUGGCUGUGCAGCACUCGUCUUGCGAGAUCACAAACGUCUCACCAAAGGCCAUUUGCGACAUGAUGCUGGUGCAAAGACAGCAGCGCAAGAGCAAGAAGUAACCGUCCAUUGCGUACCGAAGCUGCUGCCCGUGCAGCAGGACACUGAAGGGGGUCUGCCACGACUGCUGUGCGGCGGGCGCAGCAACGAAAGGGCUGCGACUGCGCCCGAAGGAUCCUCCAACCGCUCGCUCAGCCUUGAGGAUGAGGAGUUGCUGUGUGAACCUGUGACCGUGAGCCACCUGAGCCUCUCAGCUGCAGACCCUUUGACUGCGCAGGCCAGACACCUCGUGUCGCCAAAACGUGCCCCUGUCCCCCUUGGUGCGGAGAAAAAGCCUCGUGACCAAGCAGGAGUUGGCAGCUACCUCGCCUCUGCUUCGACCGCCGCGACUGCCAGUGUCACGGAGUUUCUCGAAGUCUCGGCUGAGUUUCCGAGCUCUUUGCUUGGCACGAUUGCUAUUUCGCAAUGUCAUUUCGAGUGUACGGACGAUGAAAAGUCUCCUUGCCCUAGCAUCUCUGCUAGCAGCAUCGACACAACUAGAACCUACCCACGUGCUGUUGAACUUAUCGUAGAGGAAGCGGAGGAAGACAUCAAUCGGCCUUGGGGCACUGUGGAGCGGACGUUCAAAGCUUUCUGCGGAACCAAGCCAGGUAUGGAUGGAAAGUCAUUUGCAAAGCUUUGCAAGGAUUCCUCCUUGGUCGAGAAGAAUCUUACCAAGACAGAUGUGGACAUUAUCUUUGCGAAGGUCUGCAAGAAGGGGCACCGUCGAAUCGGGCUGGAGCAGUUCGAUGCAGCCCUGGAGAUGAUCGCAGACAAGAAGACCUUGACUUUAGAGGAGGUCUGGUGCGCAGUAAGGUGUUGUGGAGGGCCCGUCCUCAACAGCACCAAAGCGGAAACAGUGCGGUUCUAUGACGACAAGAGCCUCUACACGGGAACUCAUGCACAAGGAGGGCCUGAUCCUGGCAGGAAGGGAAAAGGUACACUGACAUGGACCACAGCUCUGCGUGACGAGCCUUCGCAAGGCAGCGCCAACACGCCAGUGCCAAACUCCCCACGGGAUCCCGAGUUCUCGCCACCGGAACUUGAGAAGCGACCUCGAUCCGUGAGCUUGAGCGAGAAGAAGAUCUCUCAGCAGCUGCGAGGCAAAGACGGCACAGUAGAGGAUACCUUUAAGGCUUACUGCGCCAACAAGCCCGACAUGGAUGGGAAGGGCUUCGUCAAACUCUGCAAAGACUGCGAGUUGGUGGACGACAGUUUGACACUGAUUGAUGCAGAUCUUAUCUUUGCAAAGGUGGUGUCCAGGGGCCACCGACGGAUCAUCCUGCGCCAAUUCAAGGAGGCUCUCCGGUUGAUUGCCGACAGGAAGGGCAUCGACGAAGAAGAGAUCUGUCAGCGUGUCGCCGAAUCGGAGGGGGUGGUUCACGAAGGAACCACUGCGGAUUAUGUGCGGUUCUUUGACGACAAGAGCACCUACACGGGCACUCAUGUCUAUGGAGGUCCGGACAGCAGUGCCAGAACCAGUGCCGACCAAUUCUGGAGCUCGAUGCUGCGCCCCGAGGGGGAGGAGGACAGGCUCCCUGAGAUGGUGGUGACCAAGAUCUGUGAGACCAGUCCCCAAGGGAGCAAGGCGAAGGCGACCCCAGUGCAGCCCAAGGCAAAGCCCCGUGCGCGCUUGGCGAUCACCGCAAAGAGCAAGCCACCGACUGGGGACAGCCAUGACUUUACCAUGGUCUUCACCGAUGUGCAAGGCUCCACAUCACUCUGGGAAGCUAACCCUCGUGCUAUGGAACUGGCUCUGAGACUUCACGACGCGACCAUCAGGCAAGUUCUUGCCAAGCACAGCGGUUAUGAGGUCACAACAGAAGGCGAUGCCUUCCAAAUAGCCUUCCAUGAUACUGCAGAUGCAGUGGCAUUCUGCCUGGACACACAGCAAGAGCUCUUACGAUGUGAUUGGCCAAAUGCCACACUCUCGCAUCCGGACGCAGCUGCCAGCAGUGACGGAGCCUGGCGCGGGUUGCGUGUGCGCAUGGGUCUGCAUUCCGGCCGCCCGGCCUCCGUCACGAAGCACGAGGUCACUGGACGAUGGAGAUAUGCGGGGCCAUCUGUUGCAAUGGCCAAGGCUAUAGAGGGUGUUUGCCAUGGUGGGCAGAUCAUCAUGUCUGCAAGCAGCUUUUACCUCAUUGAUGGUUUGCUGACUUCGCUUGGAAGUCCACAGGUUGUAGACUUGGGGGAUCACAUCUUGGAAGGGCAUGGCCUCACGGAAGACUCGUCCAGAACUGGAUGUUCUGGCCGUGCCAGAGUGCAGCUAAUUCAACUCGUGCCAGAUGCCCUUGCCCACGACUGGUCUGGUGAAGAUCCUGACGACACGUCGACUCUGGUAGGUGGCAGAAAAUUCGCGCCGGUAGUCAGCGAGCAGCGCGUGUCGCCGGGCUUCGAGGGCUCCCCUGCUGGGUCGUCCAUCACUCUCUGCUUCGUUUUCACCCAGGGUGCCCGCGAGUUGGUCGCGACAGACCCAGGGCUGGCAGUGCAGUCACUUGGGCUCCUGCGUGGAUGUUUGCGUGAAGUUCUACGACAUGCUGGAGAUGGCAGCGGGUACGAGUGCCAGGAGGAUGAGGGCGCCUUCAUGCUGGCUUUCGGCAGCAUGCUGGACGCGGCGGUCUUCUCAAUACUGUUGCAGCGCAAGCUACCGCAGCUUCCGUGGCCUGAUGAGUUGCGACAGCGAGGA